CACGGCCGCGAUGCCCGACGGGCGCGUCGGGCGCUGCCCCGCGCCGGCCCGGGGACAUCGCUGAGCGGGGCAGAGCCUCACGCCCAGCAAGAGCCCCCGUUCCCCGAGGACCCCCCGUUCGCCUCACGGCCGAUGAGACUCCCCCCGCGCCUCUGCGGCUCCCCGCCCUUCUGUUGAGUCUUCAAGCCCAGGAGGAUCAGCAGCCUCUGACGACCAUGAGUUCGACCCCUCGGCUGACAUGCUGGUGCACGACUUCGACGACGAGCGCACACUAGAGGAGGAGGAGAUGAUGGAAGGGGAGACAAACUUCAGGUCUGAAAUCGAGGAUCUCAACAGGGAGAGUGACAUGCCCAUCCAGGAGCUGCUGAGCCGCUACGGCUACGACGGCACCGUGCCCCUGCAGGAGGAGGAGGAGGAGGAGGAGGAAGAAGAGGAGGAGGAGGAGGGAGAAGACGACGAUGAUGUCGAUAACGAUGACAACAGCGGCUGCAGUGGGGAAAACAAGGAGGAGACCAUCAAGGACUCGUCGGGGCAGGAGGAUGAGACCCAGUCCUCCAACGAUGACCCAGCCCCGUCUGUGGCCUCUCAGGACCCCCAGGAGAUCAUUCGCCCUCGGCGCUGUAAAUAUUUUGAUACCAAUAGUGAAAUAGAGGAGGAAUCUGAAGAAGAUGAAGAUUAUAUUCCCUCAGAAGACUGGAAAAAGGAAAUCAUGGUGGGCUCUAUGUUCCAGGCUGAAAUUCCAGCUGGCACCUGCAAAUACAAAGAGAAUGAAAAAGUGUAUGAAAAUGAUGACCAGCUGCUCUGGAACCCUGACUUUUUACCAGAGGACAAAGUCAUAGAAUUCCUCAACGAGGCCUCGAGGCGCACGGGAGAGGAGAAGGGCCUGGAUGCAAUUCCUGAGGGCUCCCACAUUAAAGACAAUGAGCAGGCCCUCUAUGAGCUGGUGAAGUGCAAUUUUGACACGGAGGAGUCCUUGAGGAGGCUGAGGUUCAAUGUCAAAGCAGCCAGGGAAGAAUUAUCUGUUUGGACAGAAGAGGAGUGCAGGAACUUUGAGCAAGGGCUGAAAGUCUAUGGCAAGGAUUUCCACGUGAUUCAGGCAAAUAAGGUGCGGACCCGCUCGGUGGGGGAGUGUGUGGCCUUUUAUUACAUGUGGAAAAAGUCAGAACGUUACGAUUUCUUCGCUCAGCAGACCCGCUUUGGGAAGAAAAAAUACAACCUGCACCCUGGGGUCACGGAUUACAUGGACCGCCUGCUGGACGAGAGCGAGAGCGCCGCCUCCAGCCGGGCCCCGUCGCCGCCGCCCACGGCCUCCAACAGCAGCGCCAGCCAGUCGGAGCGGGACGAGAGCGCCUCCAGCAGCACCCCCAACGGUGUCUCUGCCAACGGCCCAGGGGAGGUGCCAGGGAAGGAGGAGGCCAAGCUGGAGGGGCUGCACGCCAAUGGACCUUGCAGUGGGAAGAAAACUCCUCACCCAGAGCUGGACACGAACGGCUACGAGCCCGAAAACCUCCCCAGUGAGCCCAAAGGGGCUCACUCAGCCCCCAGGAACGAGCCUGAGCUGGAGGAGAAGAGCGAGAGGCCUCUGAAAAGAAGGAGGAUGAACAGCAACGGGAAGGAGAGCCCGGGUGCUGCGGAGUUCUUCCAGGAAACCAACUCCCACGGGAAGCUGGAGGAGCUGGAAACUCUGGAAGACUGAGUGCUGGGAGCUGAUUUUAUUCCUUGGAGUAAAUUCUGGGUGUCUAAAAUUUUCAGGGUUGAUGGGUUACCUUCCAAAGUCCAGUUCCAUAAACAAUCUGAGAUUUUUGUUUUUGUUUCCUGAGACCUUCUAGUCGGCUCUAAAGAUCCGAUGAUUUGGUUUUCUUCAGUGCUGAAAAGCAGCAGGAGAAUAUUGGAUUUCUCAGAGCUGGCAGCUGCAGUUCUGGGAUUAAAAGGCUCUUAAAUAUUUAAGGAACAAAGCAGUGAGUUGCUGCAAAAAUAUUCCCAGCCUAAUACAUUAAAGAAUGUGUUAAUACAGCAUUUAAUGUAUAAAACAGCAUUUAAUCAGUGUACAAGUGAACAAAGCAUUUGGGGCUUUGCAGGAAGUUAAAAUAAAACAGGAAAAGCCAAGACAGAGCAGGCACAGAGACUUCCACUCCUGCUGGAGAGAGGAAAAUGUCAUCCCAUCAUUAAGGAACCCUCAUGAAUCCUGAAAGUUAUGAGCACAACUAUUUUUAUAUAUAGAAGUUUUAAAAGGUAAAUAAAUAAACCAGGUCAGGUUUGUCUAUGUAAAAUUGUUGACAUCAAUGAUGUCUUUCCAUAUUCUUUAUCUGGGCUAAAGAAAUACAUUCUGUAUUUUUCCAGAUUUCUUUGUAGCCUUUGAAAGAUUUUUACAGUACUUAUGUCUUGAUUGAACUGUCCUUUCUUAAAACAAAAGCUUGUAUAAUUUUCUUACCUUGUACAGUUGGUAAACUUUUAUGAGAGAGUUGAUACCCUGAGUCUAAUGUCAGCUUCCUUUUAUUUUGCUGAAGUCUUUUCUAAAAAAAAACCAACAAAAAAAAAACCAAACCAAACCAAACCAAACCAAUGGAGUUAAAAAUUAAUCACCAACGUGUUAAUUUUCUUCCCAGAAACUGGUAAAUAAUUAACAUAAGAAUGGUUAGGAGGCAUUUGAUUUUGGAAAUGUGCUUUAUUUUCUUGUUUUAUGGCAAACAAUGAUGUUUCAAUUUUUGUUAAGCAUGCUGCUUGCAUUGCACACAUUUCCUUGCUUUCUUUCUCCCUUUGUUUGGAAGGCAGAGAAAUCUCCCAGCAGCCAAAUUGUGGAGUUUGCUGAACCUUCUGCAGGUCCAGCUGCUCCACCGU